CUCCUCUCACCGGAGGGUUACUGUCCUUACCUUCCCCCGACUCAGCUCUUCGAACAAUGUCUGUCUGCCUGGAAGCAGGCAGUUCUGUGUUUUUCUGGAUCUCCAACACCCCUUUUUCCCACAGGUGACAAUACUGAACACAAUGCUGUCAGGCCGGUGGUGGCCAAGUACCUGGGGCAGCCUAGGACUGGGGCCCCGAAGCCCUUCUCAGGGAUCCCAGCUCUGUGCCCUCUAUGCCUUCACUUACACUGGGGCAGAUGGCCGGCAAGUGUCUCUGGUUGAAGGGGACAGGUUCCUACUGCUUCGAAAGACCAACUCAGACUGGUGGUUGGCAAGGCGCCUAGGAGCACCCUCUACCUCUCGACCCAUCUUCGUCCCAGCUGCUUAUGUGACAGAAGAAUCUAUCUCUUCCCAGAGCCCAACCACCAUCACUCCCAGCCAGACCCUCUGGACUCCUGGACCAAAGUUGUUUCCUGGCUCCCUGGAAAAGCUGCACCUGUCUCGGGAAGCCCCAGGCAGAGCCCAGGCUACGUCCGAGCAGCCUCCUCCUCUUCCCCCCAAAAUGUGUAGAAGUGUCAGUGUUACCAAUUUGAGACCCACCCUCCGGCAGCCCUUCCAGGAAGGACCAAGUGGCAGAUCCCUCUCUCAGGAAGACUUGCUGAUGGAGUCCAGUGCCGACAUGGCAAGACCCCAGCCCCUCAUGUCAGAGCCCCCUGUAUACUGUAACCUGGUGGACCUUCGCCGCUGUCCCCGGUCCCCGCCCCCAGUCCCUGAAUGCCCACCCCUGCAGAGGCUGGACGCGUGGGAGCAGCACCUGGACCCCAGCUCCGGACGCUGCUUCUACAUCAAUUCGCUGACUGGCUGCAAGUCCUGGAAGCCCCCACGCCGCACUCGCACCCAAGAGACGAACCCUGGCUCCAUGGACGGGACACAGGCCCUGCAUAGGGACAACGGAGUCCUGCAACCUCAGGCAAAGGGCUCAGGUUCUGACACAGGGACCCCAGAACUGCCUGACCCCCAGGGUUCACUCUGCCUGCGCCGGCGCACCUCCCAGCUCGACCCUUCAGACCAGCCUUCAGCCUUGCAGCCCCCUCGACCUCUGCCGCAGGUCCUGGAGGACCCCCAUGAGGUGGAAAAGUCGGGCCUGCUCAACAUGACCAAGAUCGCCCAGGGAGGGCGCAAGCUUAGGAAGAACUGGGGCCCAUCAUGGGUGGUGUUAGCGGGUAACAGCCUGAUGUUUUACCGAGAGCCACCACCGCCCGCGCCCUCCCCGCUCUGGGCACCAAUGGGUAGCCGACCCGAAAGCAGCGUGGACCUGCGCGGGGCGGCCCUGGCCCACGGUCGCCACCUGUCCAGCCGCCGCAACGUCCUGCACAUCCGCACGGUCCCUGGCCACGAGUUCCUGCUGCAGUCAGACCAGGAGACCGAGCUGCGGGCCUGGCACCGCGCGCUGCGCGCUGUCAUCGAGCGCCUGGAUCGGGAGAAUCCCCUGGAGCUGCGACUGUCAGGCUCGGGACCGGCGGAGCUGGGGGAGCUGAGUGCCGGGGAGGACGAGGAAGAGGAGUCGGAGCCGGCGUCCAAGCCUCUGCUGCGGCUGGGCGGCCGCCGGAGCUCCGGUCGGGGUCCGGAAGGAGCCGAGCAGAACCGCGUGCGGAAUAAGUUAAAGCGGCUGAUCGCGAAGAGACCGCCCUUGCAGAGCCUGCAGGAGCGGGGUCUGCUCCGAGACCAGGUGUUCGGAUGUCAGUUGGAAUCACUGUGCCAGCGGGAAGGGGACACCGUGCCCAGCUUUGUGCGGCUCUGCAUUGCUGCUGUGGAUAAGAGAGGGCUAGAUGUCGAUGGCAUUUACCGGGUCAGCGGGAACUUGGCAGUGGUCCAGAAACUUCGCUUCCUGGUCGACAGAGAGCGGGCGAUCACCUCCGAUGGGAGGUAUGUGUUCCCAGAACAGCCAGGACAAGAAGGCCGAUUAGAUUUGGACAGUGCUGAGUGGGAUGACAUUCACGUGGUCACUGGAGCCCUGAAGCUUUUUCUCAGGGAGCUCCCCCAGCCUCUGGUGCCCCCACUGCUGCUGCCCAAGUUUCGUGCUGCCCUUGCGCUCUCCGAAUCAGAGCAGUGCCUCUCUCAAAUACGAGAAUUAAUAGGCUCAAUGCCGAAGCCCAACCACGACACUCUGCGGUACCUUCUGGAGCAUUUGUGCAGGGUGAUAGCACACUCAGAUAAGAACCUCAUGACCCCCCACAACCUUGGAAUUGUGUUUGGACCAACACUGUUUCGGCCAGAGCAGGAGACAUCGGACCCAGCGGCCCAUGCUCUCUACCCUGGGCAGUUAGUCCAGCUGAUGCUCACCGACUUCGCCAGCCUCUUCCCCUGACUGGGGCAGGAAGAAGAGAAAACGUGUUUCCGAUUAUCUUCUCUGUUGGGUACCCUUUGGAGUGUGGCAGUGGUGGCGUGUUCUGUUUAAGGACAUCUCUUUAAAUCCUUGUCUCCCGCAUGACCAUCUCCAUCU